UAUUUUUUUUGUAGAUAGCAACACAUUAAAGAUACUUUUAAAAUACUACAAUGACACUAACCGCAAAUCAGAAACAGACCUAUACGUCUAUUCUGCUGUAACUGAAUCAGCUUUCUGGUGGCACAAACGAUUUUGAGCUGUAUAUGAUAAGAAUACAUUACCCAUAAUAAAACUGAAGCCAUUCGUGACGAAUUCACCGAGGCGGUGUAAAUAUUGGUGAGCUUUGCGCAAGCGCAUUUCUGUGUUGUUGUUGGUGGCGGUAAGAUGGCGACGCUCGGAGAUGCAUCGGCACCGGGGCUUAAUGGGUUAAUACAACAGUUCACUGCCAUAACGGGGGCCACAGAAAGUGUAGGGAAGCAUAUGCUGGAAGCCUGCAACAAUAAUUUGGAGAUGGCGGUGACCAUGUUCCUGGAUGGAGGUGGGAUUGCAGAGGAGCCCAGCACCAGCUCUAGUUCAGCAGGGGCUUCGAGUCAUCCAACUCACCCCGCAGAAGACGACGUGCGAGCACCAAUCCCACAGAAGCAAGACAUACUGGUAGAGCCAGAGCCAUUAUUUGGAGUACCGAAACGACGAAGACCAGCCAGAUCGAUUUUUGAUGGCUUUCGAGACUUCCAGACAGAAACCACAGUCAGGCAGGAACAGGAAUUGAGGAACGGCAGCCCGAUGGACAAGAAGCUGAGUACACUGGCUGACCUCUUCCGUCCACCUAUCGAACUGAUGCAUAAAGGGAGCUUUGAGACGGCAAAGGACAGUGGACAGCUUUCCAACAAAUGGCUGAUGAUCAACAUUCAGAAUGUGCAGGACUUUGCCUGCCAGUGCCUAAACAGGGAUGUAUGGAGCAAUGAUGCAGUUAAGUCCAUCAUUAGAGAGCACUUCAUAUUCUGGCAGGUUUACCAUGAUAGUGAAGAAGGGCAGAGGUAUAUACAGUUUUACAAACUGAACAAAUUUCCAUACAUCUCCAUAUUGGAUCCCAGAACAGGUCAAAAGAUGGUGGAGUGGAAUCAGUUGGACGUGUCCUCAUUCCUAGACCAGGUGACGGGGUUCCUGACCGAGCAUGGACAGCUGGAUGGGCUGUCCUGUCAGCCCCCUGCAAAGAGAGCACGCUCGGAGAGUCUAAUUGAUGCCAGCGAGGACAGUCAGCUUGAGGCGGCUAUUCGGGCCUCGCUACAGGAGACCCACUACGAGUCUGCCGCAGACCGGCCAGACUCGCGCUCCGACGAUGACUCUGACGCGGAGCCUUUCUCUGACAGCGAAGGCCUCAUUUCGGUGGACGGCUCCGACGAUGAGGGCAGGGCAGGCGGCGAGGACUCAUUGGACGGUCACCAGUCGCCUUCUGCUGCCCCUGCCCCGCCCACCAGGCCAGAAAGCCCCGUCCAACACAGGAAGUCCCCACACAAAGAGUCGAGUCACAGGAAAGAGGAGAGCAAGAAGAACCACCUUGAGCCCAGCGCAUCGAAUCAGCAGACCAAGUCCAGCUCAAACCAGCGGCACCAUGGGGAGAACAACCACUUUUCACCAGAUCAGCACACACAGCUCCCCGAGACCAGCGCCAGUAAACCCGACGACAACGGCCCCAAGGCACGACUCAUGUUGCGAUACCCAGAUGGACAAAGGGAACAGAUAACGCUGUCUACCAAGGCUACGCUAAUGGUCCUGGUGAGGCAUGUGCAGGCCAAGGGUUACCCUAAUGAACGCUUCGAACUCGUCACCAAUUUCCCCAGACGGAAACUUGCCCACUUGGACUAUGACAUCACACUGCAGGAAGCGGGACUGUGUCCGCAGGAAACUGUUUUUGUGCAGGAGAGAAAUUAGACCCCACCCCCCCUCUCUCUGCUAGUUCAUCCACAUGCCCCAUUCCUCUCCUCCAUCUGAUCUGGACACAGCAAUCUCUUUAAAGGCCUGGGAGGACUACAAAUGUAUAGAAGCCCCACUUUGUUUGGCGUUCACCCUCAGUCACUUAAUGCACAUAAGCCUGAUUGGGUCAAGCGUUGCCAAAACCCAUGGUGUAACGUUACCAAUCGGAGUCGAGUACUACUCAUAGAUGAGUAAUGGAAGUUGAAUGGAAAAAGGUGUUAAGGUUUGGUAUCUGAGAUUAUGAUGGAACAAAAGAUACUGUCUUUUUAACCCUUUGUACCAAGAUGUCACAAACAUUUGAACUUGACAUAGGAUGGAGGAGAUUGAGCUUUCCCCAUGGCCUACAGCCAACACUGAUGUCUGCGUCAGGCUAAUACCAAAAGAGGCUGGGUGGUCCAACAAAAAGGUAUUUAGAGGAUAAACCCUCAAUUCUAAAACCUGCACUGUACAAAGAUGGUGUAGAGGUUGACAUUUAGUCAUAGUGAGUUUGUCUUUCUUUUUUUUUUUUCUUCCUUUUUUAUAUUCUGUAUCAUUUCCAAAAAAAUGUUGAUUCUCAAAUAUAAUCAUCAAACAAAGGGA